CACGAAAUGAUAAUAGUAUCUGGAAUUAUCUUACACCGUCUCAUGCGUGAGACAAUGCCCAGUCCAUUUGCGACGUAAAUACCAAAAGAAAACUAUAUGGGCCGCUUAGUUUUGGUCAAUAUUCCGUUAAAGCAUAUCCAGACCCCACUUCUGGAGCUUCGAACACCACGUUGUCGAACAAGCAUAUGAAUACGGACGAAAAAUCACGAAUUUCCAUGGAAAGGAUCUGAAAUGAACACAGACCCUACCUAGAUCUCCACCGAUAUUGUUCAUAGCUAAUCAACUGCAUUGCCAGAAGGCAUUCUUUGAUGUUAUUUUGAACCAGAAUACAUAUCAGAGAAGCCCUAUAUUUGUUUUUGGGAAGGUCAGCUUCUUCUACGUCUGCGUGGAAAAGCAGAAGAUCAAGAAAUUAAACGCGAUAUUUCGAAAGCAAAAUGCCGAGGCCGCACCAUCCAUCAGGAACUGGCUAUAUGGUCCAUAAUAGCAGAACUGCACACCACAGAGAUACUGAUUCAGAGUCAUCGUCACAUGCUGGACCAGGACAAGCCUCGACUCACCGGUAUGACCCAAACAAUGGGCUUCAAAUACCCGAAGCUACAUCCAACCAGAAAAAUCGAAUGCGAACUCACGCUCGCGAAGUCAAAAAUACGGCACAUUGCGUUCUAGCAUCCAAAGAGCUCCUCAUGCUUCAUGUAUUGGCAUCUAAUGAAUCCAUGCCGCGCACACGACGACGCUUUUUAGCACAAAUUAUUGAACCAGAUGAUCCAAAGGCUGCUCUAAAUGUUGCUUUUGACAGAAAGCCUUCUGCCAGAACCGUUAUGCCCUUGAAAAGAAGAUUGGAGGCCCAAGAAUACAUUGGAGCGAUUCAGGGAGGCGCUAUCCCCAACAAUGUGAUCGACGUUGUCGAGGCGGAUGAUUCCCAUGGAUGGGAAAUGGGUAUUCGAAAGCGGUCGAAUGUAGCAUCUUCACAUUCGUCGCGGCAGUCACCGAGUAGCUCCCUGCGGAAAAAGGGCAAGUCAAGGGCUAGAACACCUGAACAGGAACAACUCGCUGGAAGAGCGAGUGAAACGAGUGGAGGUAGACCGUCGCAAUCACCGCCUGCGUUGCCACCGACAAGGGCGAUAAGACAACAAGUACCGCAACAAAUACAAAGAUGGAGUGGAGCGGAACGAGAGCAAGGGCUGAGGAUGUCGCCAACUACAGCAACUGAGCUAGACACCGAGGCCGUCGAUAUGGAUGUUGAUACGGAUGGCGAUGUCGAUUCGGAUAUGGGUGAUAAUAUGGAGAUUGAUGUAGCUGGGCCCUCUAGACGGAGCAACCAGAGGAGAGUUCAUUGGAAUGACGGCAUUGAUGACGCGUUGUGAUUAUUCUAGUCUAUAAUAUUUGUUUAUAGUUAAGAAGUGGGAAUAAAAACACAUGAAAGUGUCCCUGAAUGGAAAUUUAGGAAAGAUUCUCAGGUAUGCUAACAUGAUUCUUCUGAAAAUACAUGACUCUAACGGCUUCUUCUAUGUUGAUUAAUAAGGACAGAGUAGUUAGUGACCAACCAAUUAACAUAGCACUGCU